AUGAAGUGGCUUCUGAUCCACCGAGUGCCAGAACGCCUAGGCCAGAAUGAUGCAGCACCAACUCCAGGGAACGCAGGCAACCCCAUCCAUGGCGAUCCCAACGACCUCCCACCUUUGCUACCACUUCCUGAUCCAGUCACACACGAUCUGGUACCCAGUCUCCCAAUAGAAGGCGGAUACGGCAUCUCCUACGCCCCCUACAACGACGACGGUACCUGCCGAUCCCUCGACGGAAUCAAUGAAGACCUGGACAAAAUAAGCACAUAUUACAGCUACGUCCGUAUCUACGGCGUCGACUGCGACCAGACCAGAAACGUUGUAUCUGCAGCCCGCCAGCGCAACCUCCGUGUCUUCGCCGGCGUCUUCGACUUGCAGAACUUCCCAAACAGCCUCGACCAAAUCAUCUGGGCAGCAGCAGGUGACUGGUCCACCUUCCACACAAUCAGCAUCGGCAACGAACUUGUCAACAAAGGCCAAAAUCCACAAGACGUAGUAAACGCCGUGCACACCGCACGCGCCAAACUCCGCGCAGCAGGCUACCAGGGCCCAGUCGUAACAGUAGACACGUUCUCCGUCCUCCUCAAACACCCCCAACUCUGCGAAGUGUCCGAUUACUGCGCGGCCAACUGCCACGCCUUCUUCGACGCGAACCAAAUUCCCGACAAUGCGGGACAAUACGCCCUCGAACAAGCGAACCGUAUAUCGGCCGCAGCGGGCGGGAAACGCACCGUGAUUGCUGAAUCCGGCUGGCCGUACCGUGGCGAAGCCAACGGUCAAGCUGUCCCCUCUCCUUGGAAUCAGGCCGUCGCUAUCUAUGCCCUGGGGUACUCUUUCCGGGAUCGCAAGGAGGACAUGGUGCUUUUCUCGGCCUUUGAUGACUUCUGGAAACAGGAUGGCCCAGGGACGCACGGUGCCGAGAAAUUCUGGGGUGUCAUGAGGCGUUGA